AAAACGGUGAGCCCUGGUCCGGCUAUACGGUGUCGGUCCCUCUGUCAGUACCCGAUCCUUCACCGCGAUGUCGUAAAGUCCUCAUUGUUGGCAUGGGCAUUGCCGGCGUCGCUAGUGCACUCGCUCUUGCAAAGGAACUCGGCCCCCACGAACCGAAUCUUCAGAUCACUCUCUUCGAGCGUCACGAAGUCCUUUCCACUUCUGGUGGUGCGAUCAAUCUUACUCCGGUGGCCCAGCGGCAUCUGGAUCGGCUUGGCGUCCUCGACGAACUAGAUCGGCAGGGUCCUGACGGUGGUGCCGACGUCGAUGCCAUUGAACUCUUCUCCAGUCGAUCAGGACGCUCGCUCGGCUCAGUCGACUUCACCGACGGGCAUGGGAACGGCGUGAACGGGUACAAGGGGCGGCGGGUGAUGCGGAUCGUUCUGUCUCUGGCGAUGCUGGCCGUCCUCGAACGCCAGCCCAACAUCAACAUCGUUUACGGGAAGAAGGUCGGAGGCGUAUCAGAAAUGGACGGUCAGACGGUCCUGCAUUUCGAAGACAAGACUUCUGCUGCGGGCGAUCUUGUUCUUGGCUGUGACGGCGUUCACUCUGCCCUUCGCACUCAUUACGUUGAACCCGGCCGGCCGUCUGAAUACACGGGCCUCGCUUUCAUCCAGACCACCAUCGACACUCCUCCCCCUCCUCCUGGCUCAGCAAGAACCAGUCUCAGCCGUCCAAGCAGCAGCACCAGCGCCAGCGGAAGCACGCACAAUUCCACAAAGAGCGGCAGGACAACUCGAAGCGUCAGCACAAACUCCCUCAACUCCUCGCCAACCCUUUCCUCAACCGCACCGCCGACAAUGCCGCCGACAAUGCAUCCCCCUCCCUUCCGCACAACCGGUCUUGCUCUCUCCCGCCAUGGCGAUCUUCUCGGCAGCUACUGUGACCGCAACCACGCCACCCUCUUCCUCGCAGCCAUAGUUCAGAUCAAGGAGACCCUCUUACCAGGGUACCGCCUGGACGGUUACCACGUAAAGGAUCCCCGUCACCGCGUCGCUAUUCACGCCGCCCUUCAAAAUGAAAUUCACUCGCGCUUCGCAAGCUCAGGGAUCCCUUGGAUUCGGGAUGUUGCGAAUCUGAAGACAAACUGGAUGCUUUAUCCCGUUUACCAAGUCCGGCCAGGUGGACGGUGGUGGAAAGGGCGUGUCAUCCUACUAGGUGACGCCGCACAUGCCAUGCCUCCGCGAGACGAAUCCGCCGCCUACGCCCUCGACGAUGCCAUCAUGUUCUGCCGCAUCCUCGCCCACCACCGCGACGAGCCCCUCUCCACCGUCUUCACCAAAUACGAGCUUCAUCGCCGCGGACCUGUCGAGGAAGCCUUUUCCGCUGCAGGCCGGAUGUGGGCAACUCACCGCGACAUGGGCUUCCUGGAGGGCCGGUGGAAGGAGUGGACGAUGCCGUGGGUGCUGAGGAAGAACCGGGCUGCUAGGGACGCUGCGUGGAGAUUUGACGCUUAUGAUGUCUGAUUCGGUUGCCUUACAGUAGAGUUUGUAUAUAGUCUGGUUGUUUGACUCGGUUUGGGUUUGGG